AUGAGGGCGCAAAUAGCCCGCCAUGUCUCCCGACGGGUACUCAUUCCAAAUGGAUGCGUUCCCGCUUGCUCGAUUCUCUCUCGGCCAGCCUGCCGGCGUACUCAGCUCCCGGUAGCAUCGACGAUAUCAUUAUCCCGACGAACCCCGCGCCGGACGUUCUUCGGCAUCCUGCAGAAGCCCCCGAGACAGAUCAAGAAGCCAGAGUAUGAGCCCGGGUGGCCGGCGGUCCUGACGUGGAGAAACCACCUUCUGGAGAGCGUACGGCCACCGGCGAGGACGGAUCUGGUUCAAGCGCUUCGGGAUCUGUUUGGCUACAAGCUGCGCUACAACGUCGUCGUCAACAGUACCCAAGCGCUGCACUGCCGGAAUUUGUUGAGAUAUCUGGUCGAGAACAAGGACGAUGAGCCGGGGCCGGGGUUGACAUUGGCCGACUUGACGACUAUACGGGAGGCGCUGUUGAAGCUGCCAAAAGAAGAUACCAAAGACCAUCUGGAGUUCUCCAGGCUCUUGUAUGAUGUCAUCAAGGCGGAAAGGGCACUGGAUCCGACAGAUCCUGGCGCCGCUGAAGAUUUCGAGUCGUACCUGGUCGCUUUGACGUUAUUCGGCGCAUCAACCGAAGCUCUCGCUGUUUUGCAAGAUCACUGGACCCGGCUACCAGAGGCAGCACGAUCGAACGCGCAGAACCUUUGGGUCAACGUCCUGCAGGGUCUGGCGGAGGAAGGACACGAGGCAGAGCUGGUCGCUGCUGUCGUAAAAGCCGAGGAGUUUGGGCUACCUUUUUCGUCCAGCAUUCAUGAGGUCAUCACAGUCUUCUACGCAAAGAAGGACAACGUUUUGGAAACGAAAAAGUGGUUUCUGAGGCCGAUCCUGAACCACGAACAACCGAGCCCUAGAACGUUCAAAGAGAUUCUACACUUCUCGGUCCGAACCAACCAACGUGGCUGGACUGCACCAAUCUUCAAGAAGCUCGUCGACGCGAAUCCGAGCAAGGGGCACUGGGACGUCAUCUACCAGUGGGCAGUACUAUCCAUGGGAAAGGGACUUGAUGAUAUCAAGGGCAUGUUUGAUGUCGUUGCCCGCUAUAACCCCGAUGACAGCUCUGUCCUUCCGGACACAGAGACCAUCAACGGUCUCCUGGAGGUUGCGAUUGAGAAGAACGAUCCGUACCUGGCGGACAGACUCGUUUCGUUCUCCAGCGAGCUCGGCAUUCGGCCCGAUGCGACGACAUAUCUUCUCCAAAUGGACUUCAAGAUCCGGGCAAAAGACUUGGCUGGAGCAAGGGCAGCAUACAUGCAGCUCCCUAAGACAGAAGUCAGCGGGGAGGAUGAUCUACCCCUGGUUAACAGGUACCUCCAGGCGCUGUGCUACCAGACGAAACUGGAUUUCAAGGCGAUACGCGAGAUGCUGGAUAUCCUGGAGGAACGUGUCGCGACGCUGGACCCAGAGACAGUGGUCGCAUUGUGCACCGUUUUCCUCAAAAACGACCAGCAGUUUGAGGUCAUGGACACACUGUCGCUCAACGUAUUCCAGCACAGCAACGAACAACGGCGGUCCGUCAGGGACGCCUUUGUGGCGUACUGCUUGGACAAGAAGAACAGCACUGCAAGGGUUUGGGAUGCCUACUCUAUCUUGCGACAAUACUUCCAGGAAACCAGCGUCGAGAGUCGCGUUCAGCUCAUGAACGCCUUCUUCGACCGCAACCGGCCCGAUAUGGCAAUUCACGUCUUUGGUCACAUGCGUCAGCAUGUCAACCCAACGUUCCACCCGACUAGCGAUGUCUACGUGCAAUGUUUCGAGGGCAUGGGCCGGUGUCCCGAUCUGGACAGCCUCGGACUAGUUCACAACAUGUUGAAGAUGGAUACCAAGAUUCAACCAAGCACCAAGAUGUUUAACGCCCUGAUGAUUGCCUACGGAGCAUGCCAAAAACCAAGUCUCGGGCUGGAGUUCUGGCAGGACAUCGUCCGGUCAGCAGAAGGCCCAUCAUACAACAGUCUCGAGAUCGUGUUCUUCCUCUGCGAAAUCAAGGCCUUUGGCGACCAGAUUGCCCGGGACAUCUGGAACAAGAUUGAAAAGAUGGAAAUCGACGUUCCUCCAGCGGUAUUUGCUGCCUACUGCGGCGGUCUCGCAGGCAAUGGCAACUUGCAGGAGGUGCAGAGCACAAUCAGAACCAUGAAGCGAGCUGUAGGGUAUGGGCCUGAUGCGAUGACACUUGGCAUCCCUUUCAACGCGUUGCCUGGCCAAGGGCUCCAGCGUGAUUUCGAGGCAUGGGCAAAGAAGCAGUUCCCGGAAGAAUGGGCCGAGGUGGAGAAGUUCCGCUACUACUACACGGCGGAGAAGUUGAAGAGGUUCAAGCUGCAGCGGGUGCUGAAGGCAUGA